CUCUUCUUCUCACUUAUUUUCACACCUCCUCAUAUGUCAAGAGCUGGGUUAGGUUGAUUGAAUCACACAAAGGAGGAGUUUUCUUUUCCAUUCGUGAUGGAAACGAGAUCGCCAAAACUUCCAGCAAUAAGGGAGAAGAACCAGUUGAGCUGUAUGUGGGGAUUACUUAGUAUCUUUUACUUCCGUCAGGAUCAUCACAAUCAGAAGUGGAUUUCGAAUGGGAGGAAUGCGAAUAAACAUGGCGCAGAAAAUUCAAGGAGCAAAGUUAACGUGCUUACCAACUCUCAUGAAAAAUGUCGAUGCAUUGAUGGCAGAGAAAACAUCAAAACUCCAGUAGCUGAUGAUGGUGAGAGAAGUGUAAAGAAACUCAUUGAAGAGGAGAUGUUCAUAGAUAAACAAAUAAUGUGCAGUGAACUGCAACAUAUACAAUCCAAGAGUGGAUUUUUCGGUCACUUAGCCAAGAACCAUAAGAAGGCAAGCAAGACUUCUCAGAAAGCUUAUCGGUUACCUGUUGGCCAUUUGAAAGAUGCAGCAAGUGUAGAGCAUCAGCACCAUUCUCAUACACGUUCGGAGGAAAUGUCUUUAGAUAAGCACAUGGCAGCUCUAUUAGAAGCAUUCUACAAUCAGAUCCAUCAAAAUAAAGGAAGAUAUGAUAGUGGUGUGCAAAGGGGUGUAACUAGUGCAAACUAUGAUCAGCAGGAUGUGAUCAAUUGGUCACUAGUUGGGACAAGUGCUGAGACAUUUAUAGACCGGAUGUUUAUUGACAGAAAACUCCACCCCAAAGAUGAAUCAAGCCAUGAGUCUAAAUAUGAACACUUAUCCGAUGCACUGGAAGUUUUGAAUUCUAACCGGGAAUUGUUUCUGAAACUUCUACAUGAUCCGAAUUCUGUGUUAGUGAGACGCAUCCAAACCUUGCAAUAUUCGCAGCCAGAGAAAGAACCAAGUAACUCAUUCCAAGAAUGCAAAAUCCCAGAAAGCAAAAUUAGUGAUGUUAAGCAAUGCGAAAGGCCUGUAGAUAUUAGGCAGAUCAGGAAGCGAAAUGUGCAUGACUUUUUCUGGAAAAUGAUUAAAUCCUCAUCAGGAUAUCCAUCAAAGGGAAGAGAUACUCCUCGGUCAUCAAGUACAAUGGUAGAUUUGAAGUCAGCUCCAAAAAAUAUGCAAAAUUCUGAGGUUGUAACCUGCAAUUGCUCUUCCCUGCUGUACCAUCAUAGUGUGAGAAAUAAAGGGCAGAUUAUCAAACCUACAUAUUUUUCCUUCAGAGAAAUUAAAAGGAAGUUGAAACAUGCAAUGGGAGAGAAAAGGAAAGGGAAGCAAAUGAUUCCAACAUAUGGCACUUCCCCUUCUGCAAACCAGGUCUUGAAAGAUAAUAGACAAGGGAUUGAUCAGGAUAGUGGUAGAGGCAGAACUGUCAAAAUUCCAACUGAUGUCAAUAGGGAAUAUAGGAUUUGCAAGGUGAGAGAUAUGAAAUCAAGCAUUGGACACCAACAAAAGGAAUUUGACAUUUUGCUGGAGGCAAAGAAACACCUUUCUGAGAGACUAAGAAAGGUGAAAUGUGAAACUUUCUCAAGUAAACAAGCCCCAAUAACCAUGGGGAGGAUACUCCUUUCACCCGAAUGUGAUCUUUUGCCAGCUCUUAGCCCUAAAAAGGGCUGGGAAUACGGUUCUGUUUCUUCAGAGAUGAGAUUUUCCCUUUGCAGUCUGCAACUGACCAGUGAGAACAGUUUGCAGCAGAAAGAAACGAAAACGAGUUGGUCAAGUCCAUUGAGGCAGAAGGACAUUUGUUUACCAUAUGCUGAUUGUGGGAAACAUGAUUAUGAAUUGCAUAUUUGUGAGCAAAAGCCAAAUUACUUGGAAAACAUAUUUCCUGAUACUGAAAUCCAUAAGAACAUCCAUUCCCAUAGAGAUGAUUUGAGCCACAGUGGUUAUGCAAAGAUUGUGGAAACAAAAGGCAUUACACAAUUGGAAGAUUUGAGUACACUGGAAGUGCCCUCUGAACCAAACAGUAUGCAUUUCACCAGGACUAGACAGGGCACCAACGCAGCCAAGUUACAUGAGGAAAAUGGAUACCCUGAAUGUUCAACACCGUAUUUCUCUCCAGAGAUUUGGCCUGUCAAAUCUCCAUUCGAUGGAUCUUCAUCGAGUCCAUUAACCAUUCACCAAGUUGAAGUUGUGGAGAGCAGUAAAGAUAGAGAAGAUCAUCCAAGUCCUGUUUCUGUUCUUGAGCCAUUUUUAACAGACGAUGUUACUAGCCCCACAAGCCCCAUGUUGAACCUUGCAGCUGAACCACCAGUGCAACUACAUAUUGAUUUUGAAGAACACUCAAAUGAGGUCUCUCAUCUUGGUCCUAAAAUGAAUUUAAGUGCCUGCCUGGAGGAUCAAGAGUUCAUAUCUGCACGUGUAAGGACCGUUUUACAAGCUUCAUGUCUGAAUUGGGAAGAGCUCUCAGUGACUGGGGAUUUAUCAGAACAACUCCUUAACCCAUCCUUACAUAAUGAGGCUGAGUUAUUUCCUGAUGAACUUUCUUGUGAUCACAAGCUCCUCUUUGAUUGUAUCGACGAAGUUGUAUUGGAGAUUCAUCAACGCCAUUUUGGAUGCUCCCCUUGGAUGUCAUUUCUCAAUCCAAAGCUCGGGCCGGUUUCAUUGGAGGGGAAUGUGGUUGAAGAGGUAAUGGAAGAAGUUAAUUGGCAUCUUUUCACACAAACAAUGUCACGGACACUAGAUCAGAUUGUUGGAAAAGAUAUAACAAAAUCUGGAACAUGGGUUGAUAUCAGACUUGAUAGUGAAGUUAUCGCGACUAAAAUUGCAGACAAUGUUGUAGAAGAAUCGAUAAUGGAUGUGGUACUUGAGGUCCAAAGUAGAAGCCUGUCAUAAAAGCUCUAUGCCUCUAUAUGUUUCUAUCCAAACUGUUACCAACAUGGGUUUGUAGUCACUGGUUUGGCUGCUGAUGCUUGUGUUAGCCUUUAUGUUUAA